GCGGCGGCGGCGGCGGCACCACCAUGGGCCCGGCCCGGCGCUUCCCGUGGCCGCUGCUGCUGGUCUGGGCGGCCGCGGCCGGGACAGGGUCGGCCCAGGGGGUGCAGACUGAGAACGUGACCGUGGCAGAGGGCGGGGUGGCGGAGAUCACCUGCAGGCUCCACCAGUACGACGGGUCCAUCGUCGUCCUCCAGAACCCGGCCCGGCAAACGCUCUUCUUCAAUGGCACCAGAGCUCUAAAGGACGAGCGUUUCCAGCUGGAGGAGUUCUCCCCCAGAAGGGUCCGGAUAAGGCUCUCGGAUGCCCGGCUGGAUGAUGAGGGCGGCUACUUCUGCCAGCUGUACACGGAAGACACCCAUCACCAGAUUGCCACCCUCACUGUGCUUGUGGCCCCCGAGAACCCCAUAGUGGAAGGUCGGGAGCAGGCGGUAGAAGGUGGCGAGGUGGAACUGAGCUGUGUCGUGCCCCGGUCCCGACCGCCAGCCAUGCUUCGAUGGUACCGGGACAAAAAAGAACUUAGAGGUGUGGACAGCCGGCAAGAGAACGGGAAGGUGUGGAGUGUGGCCAGCACGGUGCGCUUCCAGGUGGACCGGAAGGACGAUGGCGGCAUCGUGACAUGUGAGGCUCAGAAUGCAGCCCUCCCUCCAGGCCACAGCAAGCAGACUCAGUACGUGCUGGAUGUCCAGUACUCCCCCAGUGCCCGGAUUCAUGCCUCCCAGGCCGUGGUGAGGGAGGGAGACACGUUGGUGUUGACUUGUGCCGUGACAGGGAACCCCAGGCCCGGGCAGAUCCGGUGGAGCCGGGGGAAUGAGUCGCUCCCCGAGCGGGCAGAGGCGGUGGGAGAGACGCUCACACUUCCUGGCCUCACCUCCCUAGACAACGGCACCUAUACUUGUGAGGCCGGGAACAAGCACGGCCAAGCGCGAGCUCUCUACGUUCUGGUGGUCUACGACCCCGGCGCGGUGGUGGAGGCCCAGACCUCAGUGCCCUAUGCUAUCGUGGGGGGCAUCCUGGCGCUGCUCGUCUUCCUCAUCAUCUGUGUCUUGGUGGGCAUGGUCUGGUGCUCCGUGCGGCAGAAGGGCUCCUAUCUCACCCACGAGGCCAGCGGACUGGAUGAGCAAGGGGAGGCCCGCGAGGCCUUUCUGAAUGGGGGCGAUGGACAUAAGCGCAAGGAGGAAUUUUUCAUCUGACCCUUCCCCGUGUCCCGGGCCCUGGUCUUGGCCCUGGCAGGGUCUCCCCAGUCCAGGCCGGAACCAGCAAAGACUUUGACCUGGGCUAAGGGCCAUCUGGGAGUUUUCCCCACCCCUAACAUCCAACGAGACAGGGAGGCCGCACCUGGGCCAUUGUGAGGGAGGUUAGGGCUGGGGGCCGGAUGUUGAGAUGCCUAAGGGGGUGGGAAUGGGGAAUCAGGACCCUCGGGUCCCCAAAGGGGCAGGGAGUGGGGAAUCAGGGUGUCUUGAGUUCCCCAGGAGGGGAGGCUAAUACUUGAGUUCCCCAAAAGGAAGAGGAGAUCUGGAGACUUGAGUCUCUGACGGGCCAGGGGCUGGACGCUUGGGUCCAGGGUGGGGGUAGGGGGUGGGAGUAGGGGUAGAGUCUGGGGGAGGGGAGGGUGGCAGGGUUGGGGAGCAGCCUGGGGUGGGGGUAGGGGACUUGUCUUCUCCGGGAUCCCUCCCUAGGCGCUGUGCCAGCCAUUGUGAGAGUCCCCACAGACAUGGGGGACUGCUCUUUGCAAAGCCAUGUUCGCACGGUUGGGGGGGAGGGAUGGGGAUUCUGUGUCUUUGUCAUAACUCGUAAUGGGGGAGGGGGGCCUGUCCCCCUCUCCAGGCCCCACUCCUGCCCACAGCUUGGGCUCCCCCCACCCACCACAUGCCUCCCCUGGAUCCCUUCUCCCUCAACCCCCCAGGCCUCCCACAGGGCUCGCCCCCAUCCCUUCUCUCCUUCUCCAGGCCUCCGGGGGAGAGGCCCAGGGUCCACGUGUGCGUCUCUGUGGUUUUAUAUAUAAUAUAUUAAAAAAUGAAAAAUCUGUAUUAAAAAAAAUCAGAUUUCACCCCCCACCACCACCACCACGAUCCACCCCCAUUCCAGGCCUUUUUCUUGUAAAAACACGUUUUGUACGGGGGGGAGGGGGGUACGGAAGGGGUGGCAGCCCCACUAACCACCAUUAAACUAAGGAGAGAUUAA